GGGUGGUUGCUGUCGUUGAUUGCCAUAGGGGUAUUUUUUAUUGUGAUGGCCUACACGAAGCAAACUGGACCUAUCUUAGCACCUCAAGCAGGAACUAGGUCUAGCAAGAGGUCUGAAGAGUCGGACCCCCAUAGUGGGGAGGAAAGGAAGAAAAAGAAGAAUGACCCUUGCAUGAGACGGUAUGUGCUUCCCCUUUAUCAAUAA